AUGAGUGGAGCGGCGCGGCGUGACAUCUCUGGCUACGAGAGGGCCGUUUCCGCUCUGACUGGGUAUGUGGCGGGUUCCAUCGUGGUGGUCCCCUUCGACCGCAUCAAGACCUUGAUGCAGGCCUCGCCUGGAGCCCAUCCCUGCGCGCGGCAGCUCGCUCGCGACGUGCUGCGCACGGACGGCAUCCGUGGUCUGUAUCGUGGCAUGGACACCCAGCUGCUGAUCGCUCCGUAUACCGUGGUCUACUAUUGUCUCUACGACGAGCUUCUUCGACUCCAGCAGGAUCACCCUCUGGCGCCCCUUAGCGCCGCGGUGGUGGCCCGCACCCUGGAGGUGACGCUGCGCAUGCCUUUGGAGCUGCUGAGAACACAGCUGCAGGCCGCGGAAGGACAGCUCAGUCUUCGCAGCCUCCUGCGGCAACACCGACAUCAGCCCUUAAGUUCCUGGAUGCAGGGCUACUCCCCGACGCUGCUUCGGGAUGUGCCGUUCAGCGCGAUCUACUGGUGGGCGUACGAGUCAAUCAAGAAGGAGGUGCCAGCCCCUUCCAGGAUUCCAGGCGAAGGCUUGAGAACGCUGACCCACUCCUUCCUCUGCGGUGGUGCUGCAGGACUGAUGAAGAACGGAGGGUAA